AUGGAAAGGACGUACCAAAUGUUAAAGAGAGAGAUGAUAGACAUGAAUACCACAUUGAAUUCGGCACUGUCUCAUGUUAAUUUAGAAUUUUUCGGAUUUCGGCGUUGGGGAAGAAAACAGUGUACCGGAGCGAAUACGGAAACUAUUUAUACAGGGUUUACAGCAGGACAGUUACAAGAAGGUCCAACCUAUUCCUCUCGUUAUGGUGGUCCUUCAAAUAUACUUUGCCUACCAAAUAAUCCUGAAACCAGCAAUAGAACAACAGGCGGUAGCAGUUUUAUAUAUGGCACGGAGUACGAAGACACAUUUUUUGGGGCAAGUGCGUUAAAUGAGGAUGCACCAUGUGCUGUUUGUAGAAGUCAUAACACAUAUGCCUCCAUAAUGAUUCCUGGUAGAAAGUCGUGUUAUAGUGGUUGGAAAGUGGAGUAUCAGGGAUAUCUUAUGUCCAACAGUUAUGGAUACAAGGCAUCAUCCUAUAUAUGUGUGGACAAUAACCCAGAAUUUCUACAAGGCGGGAAAUCCAACCAAAACGGAAACUUACUGUAUGCUACAGGUACAAAAUGUAGAUCCCUCCCAUGUCCUCCGUAUGAUGACCACUUUGCCGUGUAUUGCGUUGUUUGUUCAAAAUAAAGAUACGUCUUGAAUUGA